AUGGGUAUCGCUGGCAAAAAGCACAAGACAAAAGCGAAACCGUCGGGCCAAAAGCAAAGGAAAAUAAAUCCAUUCGAGUUGAAGUUCAAUAAAUCAAAACACCAUGUUCUCGGAAAGAAAACCGUAACUCAAGUGGGUGCGCCAACAGCAUCCCGCAAAAGAGCACAUGAGCAACGCGAAAAAACCAUCGGCGUUGAAUAUGACAGGAAAACCAAAAUUAGCAAGAUCAUUGAUAAACGAAUUGGAGAAAAGGAAGGUAAAAAUGAAGAAGAGAAAAUGGCGUUGAGGUUCGCUGAAGAGCGCGCCAAGAACUUCAAGAAAGCUUCAAAAUUUAAUCUUGUCGAUAAUGAUGAUGAUGAAGAAGAAGCAAUUUUGACGCACGGAGGAAAAACGUUGUCGGAUAUUGAAAAAUAUGAUAAAUCGAUGAUUUCGGAUUCUGAUGAUGACGAUGAUCCGGGAAAUAUUGGCGCCAAAAUGGUGAAAAUUGCUCAUUUUGGAGGUGGUGAGAAGACUGUUGAAGAAAUGGUAAAGGAGAAAGUGAGCAGGGAAGAUAUGAUUUCCAGUAUGAUCGCAAAAUCGAAAAUGAUGAAGCAUGAGAAGCAAACAGCCAAAGAUGAAAUGGAAAUGAUGACAGAAAGUCUUGACGCGAAAUUCCAAGCUCUGUUCGGCCGCGUUCAAAGCACUUUCCGGCCGACGGGUCGUCAGCGCGAAGAAAAAGACGAUUUCGAUAAACUUGCAUUGUCAUUGAAAAUCGAGGCUGACGCUCGGGCGACUCCUGCGGAAAGAAAAUUGACGGAAGCCGAAAUGGCGGCGAAGGAGAAGCAACGACUCGAAGAGCUUGAAGCAGCGCGAAUUUCGAAGACGAAUGCUGUGAAGAACGCGCAUUUGUCCGCAGAUGCUGAUGUUGAUUGGGAAGCCGGCGCCAAGGCUGAUGCAAGGAAGCAGAAGAUGAAGAAUUCAAGAUUUGAAGUGCGAUUUGCUGAUGAUGGAACACUUCAGGAUGACGGAAAGAUGCUAAAGCAUGAAGUUCUGAAAGUACGCAACGAAUCCUUUGAUGACGACGACGACGAUGAAGACGUUGACGAUGAAGCUGACGAUGAGGAAGAGGAAGACAUGGAUGAUCUUCUUGAAGAAGUCAGCGACGAGGAAGAAGAAGAUGAUGACGAGGAAGAGGAAUCUGAGAAGCCUGCAAAGUCAUCAAAGAAGAAACCAAAAAUCACGGCAGAAACUAUUCCAUUUAUUUUCGAAAUGCCCAAGUCUUAUAAGAAAUUCUGCGAUUUAUUGGAAAAAUAUUCAGAGCAUAUGGAAUUAGUGUUGGAAAGAAUUAUCAAAUGCAAUCAUCCGAGUUUGAAGGAGGGCAACAAAACCAAGCUGAACAAGCUGUUCCUGAUGUGCCUUCGUUGGUUUGACGACAUGACCAAAGAAGAUCUUGAUGAGAAAACGCUUUCUGAAAUCAAUCUAGCCCAGAAGACGAUGUUCGAUUUGUUGAAAUUUGACGUUCAAUUUGGUGUUCGCUGCAUUCGGGCAUUGAUUCGUCAGCAUUGGAAGCAGCGACAAGACAAACUGAAAUCGUCGCCGGCAUCGUUUGGUCUAAUUGCGUUGCUUCGCCUGGUUGCCGCGCUGUUCCCAGUCGCCGAUAUCUGGCAUCCAGUAUGCACACCGGCGUUCUUUCUGGCGACUUGUGCGCUGUCGACGGCGAAGAUUCCUAGCCUUGAAGUGCUGUCGCGACAGAUUUUGCUGGCGACAACUCUCAUUGAGUACAUCGCUGAAACGAAACGGUAUAUUCCGGAGCUCGUGUCGUUUGCUCGAAGCGCUUUGUUGUUGGCGGUUGAGGAGAAGCCCGAAUCAUUCUCGUCGAGUGGAUUCCCGGUGUCAAAACCGUAUUCGGAUAUGCUUUGUGUUGCAAAGAAAACGAACAUCAAAACCAUUCCACCGAUCUCAUUGAAGGCGGUGUUCAGUGAUGAGCCUUUGAAACAAAGCGAAUCUCUUCAAUUAUCUGUUCUACGAAGUUUAGUAUCGCUUGUUCAACAUCUUCGGGUUCUUUACUCCAAUCAAUCCGAGACAUAUAAUAUCGUAUUCAGGCCGUUUUGCGUUCUGCUGAAGGCAAUUAAGAAGGAUAAUCUUCCGGAUGAGCUCAGAGAAGAAAUCGAUAUACUUGUGUCAUCCAUUGAAGCGGAAUGUGCUCAGAAGCAGAGGAUCACGCAACUCUCGCUGGUGAAAACCGAGAAGAGUAUGCUGAAGAUGUUGGAGCCGAGAUUCGAGUACGAUUUCGAUCCGGAACGGCCGCACAAGGGCAAAAAGAAUGAGAGCAAACGAAUGCAGAAGCAAUUGAAGAACGAAAUGCGCGGUGCGGUGAAGGAGUUGAGAAAAGACACCGCUUUCUUGGCGAGAAAACAAAUGGCCGGUGUGAAGGCGAAGGAUCGCGCGAGAAUGGCGGCGACGAAGAGGCUGAUGGGCGGUUUGAUGCAGCAGCAAGGCGAAUGGAACAAGGAGAUUCGGACGAAGGAGGUCGAAAGCAAGAAGAACAAAAAAUAG